AUGCAAAAGAAGUGGAUCCAAAUCAUUGACUGCAUCAUCCAAAUUCUCCAGUUAAUCAAUGAUGCUGCCCAAUGCCAAAGUGUUCCUGUCACUGUCACUACAACGAUCAUCCAAAAAGUAUCAGAUGCACAUUACAUUGCUGUUUUCCAAAGGCUACGAAGAUGUGCAUUAAUAACUGAUAAAUCCAUAUUAGAUAGUGAAAAAGAACACUUGACUCUAGCAUUUUAUCCUCCAGAGAAUGGAAAGCCACUUGUGAAGAUAAUUGAGCUAGGAUGUCUUACAGGUACUUGCCCAAAACCUUUAAAUGUAGUUCAUUUAUUAGCCAAACAAGGCACUACUCCACAAGAAGAUUUCAGCAGUGUUAUAAAUAGUUUGUUUGAACAAAAUGAAGAAACCAACAUGGAAAAUAAGCAAAAGCCUUCAAUGCUUUGGUCUAUGUACUUUUCGCUGCCAGAUACCAAUAACGCAGAUUUAACAGAAGGUUUUCCAGACAAUGUGUUUGUAUGUUCUGGUCCUGAUACUGACUUGGAUUACGAUUAUUCCGUAAAAAAGGCAGAAGAGAUGUUUAGACAAAUAUAUCCAGAUUUGGACUUUCUUCCUAGAGCUCCAGAUCCAGAGGAAAUAGUGAUUGGUGAAUAA